AACCGGCGAUGCCACCAGCCAUUCGUCGUGGUCCAAAAUGAAGUUCCUUGCAGUUCUUUUCGUCUCCUUCUGCGUGUACACUCAGUGUACCGGAGAUGUCGCACAUGAACGAGCCGUAUCAAAGUGUGAGCAGCAGUCAGGAGUUACCCCAGAAAUUUUAGCCGAGAUGAAUGUACAGAAAUACGACAACCCCAAACUAAGAGCUUACAUGUUCUGUGUCCAUAAAAAGGUAAAAUUCCAAAAUGAAGCAGGCGAGUUGCAGGGUGACAAUAUCAAAGCCAAGCUGAAGGAGGACGGGUACGAUGACGCCGUUAUACAACAGGUGGCGGAGCGGUGUUUACACAAUCAAGAGACUCCGGAAGAGACCACCGUGGAAUUUACUAAAUGCCACCAUAAGAUUUUGACUCCAAAAAAGCAUUGAGUGUGUUGUAAGGAAUCGGUUUCAACUCUUUUGUAUUUGUGUGUAAUUAUU